AUGGUGAACGUUCCUAAAACUCGCCGGACUUUCUGUAAGAAGUGUGGCAAGCACCAACCCCACACAGUAACCCAGUACAAGAAAGGCAAGGAUUCUCUGUAUGCCCAGGGAAAGCGGCGUUAUGACAGGAAGCAGAGUGGCUACGGUGGGCAGACUAAGCCGAUUUUCCGGAAAAAGGCUAAAACUACAAAGAAGAGUGUGCUGAGGUUUGAGUGCAUUGAGCCUAACGACAGAUGUAAGAGAAUGCUGGCUAUUGAGAGAUGCAAGCAUUUUGAACCGCGAGGAGAUAAGAGAAAGGGCCAAAUGAUCCAGUUCUAA